UCCACGAUCCUUCAGAUCCAUGGUUCUAUAUUCAGAAGCUUCCUACCCUCUACAUCUCAAUCAACAAUCAAAUAUCCGCCCCUCGACCUUGAUAUUUAUCCAUCACGGUCGACUUUGAAAACACCACUCUUCCUUGCAAUUACUGUCUUCUAUCCCAGCGAAGACAUCCAACAAUGGCAUACACCAGAGCCGAUACUUUCACAUUACCGGAGGACGAACGAAUGUUCUUGAGUCAACCGAGUCCACUGUCUCGUCCCAACGACUCGUUCCCCAAGGGCCCCGACCCAUUGUCGGCCAACUGGAACUACGACAGCGCUAUCGAUCUCUUCUCCUUGAACACCAUGAUGCCCGAGACUUUCCCAUUAAAUGAUAUGAUGACCUUGGAUCCCAAGGAUUUCCCAACCGACUUCUUCGCCCCACCCCCGGAUAUCAGUGGCUUCACCAUCUCCAACCACUCCGGCGAAGAUGCUGCUUCCUGCGGCUCUCUCUCUUCCGACCUCGAAAGUGACGAUCAGUCCUGGUCUCCCACCUGCCGUGUCUCCGCUCUGGACUCAAUGCCCAUGGAGCUGGCCAAGCCUGCGUCGAGAACUGUCAAGAGUGCCGGCCGCCGCAAGACUGCGACCGCAACCCGGCAGCAGAAGGUCCGUGACGAUAUGGUGACGAGAUGGUCGUCCAGUCCGGAAAUUACACCGCAGGACUACCCCGCUGCCAGCGUGUCCCCUCUCCCCACUCCUUCAUCCCCGGUCACCACCGGCCGCAAGACGACUCGCAGCAUGUCCGGCGACUCGAAUGCCAGCGCAGGCCCUACCAACACGGCAACGGGCCGGAACGCCGCCAAGCGGGCCGCCCACAACAUCAUCGAGAAGCGGUAUCGCACCAACAUGAACGCCAAGUUCGUGGCCUUGGAGAAGGCGAUGAGCGGUGGCAUCCAGAAGCCGACCAAGGGCGGAUCGGCGUCGCUGAAGAAAUCCGAGAUUCUCACCAAUGCAAUUGCCUUUAUGCAGGAAUUGCAGGAGGAGAACAAGGCUCUUCAGAAGGAGCUGACCAUGAUGAAACAAAAUAUGGUCCCCAAUGGGAUGUGGCGACACAGCAAGGGAACCGAAGCCUUUCAUGCGUGAUUCCUCCUCCGUCCUCGCCAGUGAGGCUUCCUUCUUCCUCUGUUAUGACCGUCACGAAUUUCUUGUAUACUAUAAUUAUGAACCUGCCCCCUUUGUGUGGAUAACCCAUUUUUUAUCUUGGGUCUGAGACCCCUCUCCUGUCGUGGAUGGCGAAUAU